AUGUGCAAAGACGAAUUACAAAUUCAUAUGCUUUUCAUCAUAACUGGUUCUAUACUCAAUAAGCACACAGACACGAAAGAAGAUAAUAAUAUCUAUUCUCCGUGCGCCAACGAUCAAGCUCUAUCGAAUCAAUGUUCCUGUUCAUGUUGCAAAGGUAACCGAUGUAUCAAACAAUAUCUCGGUUCAAUCCAAAUGCCUACAUGUUCUGCAACAAGUUGUAAGAAUGCUUGUAAACUUCGUCAUCCCAGUAAAUGCGCCGGAACACCCGGAUCAAUCACUGCAACAUGCACAAAAACCAAAGCACCUCACCGAUCACCAGUGAAUAAGAUUAAACACAAACUACGACCUUCACCAAAGAAAUAUAUCAAAACCCCAUACAUAUAA